AAUAAAUUAGCCUUGCUUUCAUUUACCACUGGAGGAGAUGAGGAACUGUAUUCAAAGAGAGGACCCAGUGGUGAUAUUUGUUACCUUCUGUGGCCCAUACAGCAUGGAAUCCUGCACUUCUGUGGCUUCAGCAUCCUUUCCCCUCAGAUCUGCUUUGCCUCUGAGUAUGUGACAGAUGAGAAAAGAAAGCAAAUGCUGGUUUCCUGGGUCGAACGGCUGCAGAUCAUUUGGGAGGAGAAACCUAUUCACUGUGUGCCGAAAUGGUAUUUUGGGGACAUUUGAAAACAGAGCAGGGAGAUGAAUGCAAAAAGAUGAAAAUAUU